AUUUACCGGUUUACCAUUGCUAAACCGAUUCUGCCUUUUUCCCCCUCAAUACGACGGAUCCGGAAAAUUCUCUCCUACCGGAUUUUGAUCGGAAAAGCUGCUCCAGUUCGUCUUCCAUGUCCAGAGAAUCGAACGUUAGUUCUGAUACCAGCGGCUUCGCUGAUGAAAAGAGUGAGAGCAGAUUAUUUGUCGGGAAUCUUGAUCUAAGAAUAAACGAAGCUGCACUAAUAAAGAUGUUUUCUCCUUACGGGAAGAUAAUAUCGGAGGAUUUCCUAUGGCACACACGGGGGCCAAAGAAAGGGGAACCGCGUGGAUAUGCGUUCGUCCAAUACAGCCGUAAAGAGGAGGCGGAAUUGGCGAAGGAGAAAAUGCACGGGAGAUUAGCGUGUGGGCGACCUCUGGUGGUGCGACUGGCCAACGAGAAGCAUAUGGAACAAACGACUAAUGAUCAAUUGAAAGGGUCAUUACCAGAAACGAGCAGAAGCAGGCAUGUUUGCGGGAAUAUGAUGAGCCGGGAAGAGAAGACCCCCGCCAUUAAGAACAAACUCAAAGCUUUGGAGGAGGAGGAGGUCCAGAAAGGAGAUUCUUCCAAGAAACGGAAGAAAGAAUGUGACAAAAGGGUGUCUUCAGAAAAUAACUCUUGGAGCCACUGAGAUUUCGAUGUUAUUAUCAUCAUGAAACAUUUGAUAUUUGAUGUUUCUAAGUAUUUGUAAACAUAAGAAGAGGGGGCAGAGUUCCAAUAUCCUCGGAACCGACAAACUGUUAGUAAUGUUGGAUUUUGCAGUGCCCAUUGUUCUUCCUAAACCUUGGCUUGGCACAACGGUUGAGGUCUUGUAGUUAUUAUCUAAAGCUUAUGAAUUCGAGUACUAAUUAUUUUA